CAUGCCGCUGGAUCACCGCCGCCUGCACGGCCCGGAGGACUCGCGGCCGCCGGAGCUUUGGGCGGCGCAGCCCCGCGACGGAGGAGGAGAGGAGGACGAGGAGAGCGGAGCGGCGCCGCGGGAUCCCUGCGCGCUUCGGCCGCUGUUCGCCCGCGCGGGGCUGCUGAGCCAGGCGGAAGGCUCCGCGUACGUGGAGCUGAGCGGCGGCACGAAGGUGCUGUGCGCCGCCUGGGGACCGCGGGAGGCGGCCGAGCCGGGGGGGGCGGUGGGAGCGGGGCGGCUGCUGUGCGAUUUCCGCCGGGCUCCUUUCUGCGCCCGCGGGGCCCGGCCCAGACCCGGGGGGGCGGCGGAGCGGGAGGCGGAGCGGGAAGCGGCGGCGGCGCUGCGGGAGGCGUUGGAGCCGGCGGUGCGGCUGUCCCGGUACCCGCGGGCGAGGCUGGUCGUCAGCGCGUUGCUGCUGCAGGACGGCGGCUCGGCCCUGGCCGCCGCUGUCAGCGCCGCGUCCCUCGCGUUGGCCGACGCGGGGGUGGAGAUGUACGAUUUGGCCGUGGGCUGCGCGCUGUGCCGCCCGCCGCCCGGCGACCGCGACGGUUCCGCGGCGGGGCCGUGGCUGCUGCAGCCCGGGGAGGCCGAGGAGCGCGGUUCCGCCGCCCGCCUGACGGUGGCGCUGUUGCCCGCCCUCAACCAGGUGUCGGCGGUGCUGGGCGGCGGCCGCGGGGGGGAGCCCGAGGGCUGGGCGGCGGCGCUGCGGCUGGGCGUGGAGGGCUGCCAGCGCCUUUACCCCGUGCUGCGGCACUGCCUGCUGCGCGCCGCGCGGCGCCGGGACGGGGCGUGA